AAGCAGUAGUUUAAAAAUCUCUUUUUCUCUCUUUUAAAAAAACAACUAUAUCAUGGCCAAGUCAAAGAAAACAGACGAUACUGAAGCCAAGCCAAGCAAAAAACUUCAGGAAUUUCAAGGCUUUAAAGUCUUGCCUGUCAUUAUGACCGAAGAUAAAAAUGUUCGUCAUUAUUUUUAUAUGCGAAAACAUGAAAGCAAAUCGCUUGUUGAUGAAGAUAUUAAAGAUCGUACACUCUUUUUAUUAAACUUGCCUACCGACACAACUGACAGACAUCUUCGAAAACUUUUCAAAGGACACGGUAUUGAACAGAUUACUUAUAGCGACUCGGGUGCUUCUGUUACUGAAGAAUACUGGAAAAUUAUGGAAAAGAAGAACGAAGCUGCUGCUGCUGCUGCCGAAGCUGAAGCUGCUACAAAAAAGAAUAAACGCAACAAGAAGAGAAAGAUAGAGGAAGAAGAAGAACAAGAAGAAGAAGAAACUGUACAAAAAAGAGAAUUAAGGCGAUUAUUUACAAGUGGAUCUUCAGCACACAUUGUAUUCAGUACAAAUCAAGAUUUAUUAGACGUAUUAAAUAUGACUCGUGUUGAAAAGAAAUGGGCUAAAGAAGACGAACAAACAGAACAACCCCUUGGCUUUGGUCGCUAUUUGUUGGCAUAUCAAUUAUCUCGACCCAAUGCUCAUGAUUUGCAAAAACAAGUUGAUUCAUUCAUGAUGAAGUUUAAGGCUGACGAAUAUAAGAAGGAGCGUGAAAAGUUAGAACGUAUGAAUCAAAUGGAUGAAGAUGGUUUUACAGUCGUUGUUCGUCACAAGAAAGCAAAGACAACAGACGGCAGUACCAAUAUUGCAGCCAUUUCUGCUGAAGCUGCAGAACAAUAUCAACCAAAGAAAAAGAAGGAAUUGCUCAACUUCUAUCGCUUCCAAAUGCGCGAACAAAAACAGAAUGAAUUGGUUGAAUUAAGAAAGCGAUUUGAAGAAGACAAGGCCAAGAUUGCUCAAUUGAAACAAAAUAGAAAGUUCAAGCCUUAUUAAAUAAAGCAUCGC